GUAUUUCUAAAUAUGAAGACAAAGACAAAAUACUAGUGGACAUGUAUCUCGAGGAUGUGUCCACAUCUAGUAUUGCUUACCCGGAUAAUUACACGCGUAUGUGUGAGGGCAAAUCAUGCGAUAUUCACAAGAACAAUUACACUUUAUUCGAUCUAACAGAAAUGCUACCCAGGCUGAUAUCAGACUAACUAUUGAAAACAUAUUGGAGCAACCUCCUUUAUCGUACGACAUACCUGAAAUGAACGCUCACCAUGCUAUAUUUGAUAAAAACAAUACUAAUGUUAUACAAUCUAAAAGUAUGAAACCAAAAUUGACCGCGAACGAAACGUUUGUAUUAAAAUACCGCAUAUUUGUUGGAUUACUUACGCCAUCUAUGAAAAUGAACUUGACCAUUCAUAUAGAGGACCAUGAUACCCAAAAACCAUACGCGUGUGGAU